AUGUCGAAGAAGGGAGGACAGGCAGCAGUAGCUGCAGCAGCAACCUUUGUCAAGCUGCUCGUGCCCGCAGGCAAAGCUUCAGCACAACCUCCCGUCGGACCUGCGCUCGGUGCUAAAGGUGUCAAGGCGAUGGAUUUUGCCAAAGAGUUCAACGCGAAGACAGCACACCUCGAAGUGGGCAUCCCGACACCGGCGAUUGUCAAGAUCAAUCCGGACCGCACAUUCUCUUUUGAGAUCAAGACACCACCAACGUCAUUACUGCUGAAACGAGCCGCAGGGAUUGAAACGGGCGCUGGCAAGGCAGGCUCGCAAGUAGCAGGCACCAUCACAAUGAAGCACAUCUAUGAGAUCGCAAAAAUCAAAAUGCAAGACGUAAAGGGCGUCGGAGAGGAACAGAUGUGCAAGGUUAUCGCUGGCAGCGCACGUAGUAUGGGUCUUCGCAUUGUCCGUUGA